UAAGAAAGAGAUGGCGAUCCAGGUCCCUGCUCCAGAGAUCGCCGCGCAGCUUGAAGCGCCGACACCCGCCAUGUUACAUGAGAAGCUGGUGCAGUGGGUGUUCGGGGAGCUUCGGGACCGUCCGGCCGAGUUACGGGAUCGGUUACUGUUCCUGGACCUAGGACAGCACGGGCUAGAGGGGCUGCCGGACAGACUCUGGGAACUCACAGACCUGGAGGAGCUACACUUGGAGAAAAACCACCUCAAGGAACUGCCUGACAACAUCAAGCUUUUCAAGAACCUGACCAUCCUGUAUCUCCAUGGCAACGACCUGGAAACACUUCCCGCGGAGGUCGGAGAGCUGGGUCACCUGGAGAGUCUGGACGUCAGCGACAACCCUGACUUCAAGAUUCCUCUACAGCACCUGUUACAGCUGCGGCAGCUGAAGAUGCUGCGGCUGCACAACCUGCACCUGGGAGAGGUGCCCGAAGACAUCCUCAAAUGGCUACUCAACCUGGAGGUCCUAGGUCUGAACGGAAACCAGCUGGUGGACCUCCCAAUCUACAUCGUCCGUCUGAACAAACUGAAGGAGCUCCACCUCCGCAACAACAACUUCUCCUCCCUCCCCCCUCACGUCUGCUCCCUGGCCGCCCUCACCACGCUCGACCUUGAGGGGAACAAGCUGCACGACCUUCCCAACGAGAUCGUACAACUGGUGAACCUUCAGGAGGUGUAUCUGAAGAACAACUUCUUCCACCACCUUCCCGUGCAGCUGUGCGCUCUGGGAAACAUCGCAGUUCUCGAGCUACAGGGGAACCACGUCAAGGAGGUUCCGCCAGACAUCUGUCGCCUGGCCAAGCUCCGCGAGGUCAACUUCAGCGGCAACAAGAUCGAGAAACUGCCGAAGGAGGUCGGCGCGCUGGUCAACCUGGAGGUGCUGUACGCAAAGAGCAACUUCUUGAAGACACUGCCGAAGGCAUUUGGACGUCUUCAGAGGUUGAGGUACGUUGACCUGGCGCAAAACCGAUUCGAGGUGAUGCCGGUACCCCUGUGCAUGCUGGGUAAUCUGGCGAUCCUUGCGAUGGAUGACAACAACUUGUACCACGUCCCCAAGGAGGUCGCAAACUUAAGAAAACUCAAGGAGCUGGGGCUGAGCGGGAACGUCUUUGAGGAGUUCCCAGAAGCCAUCUGUAACCUCCCAAGUUUGGAGAAGCUGUUCCUUGGUCAGGACCAUGGUCAGCAAUUGACCGCUGUGCCCAGUGCCAUCAGUAAGCUGACCUCGCUACAGGACCUGUGUCUGGAGUACAACGCGCUGACCACACUACCCGCCUCCAUCAGUCAGCUGCCCAAACUGUCACGGCUGUCCUGCCACGACAACUACCUACAGAAGCUGCCCGACUCCAUCUGUGAACUGAAAGGUCUGCAGUACCUGUACCUGCACAACAACCCCCUGUCCACCCUCCCGUCUGACUUUGACUUCCUCACCACGCUGAAGGAGCUGCGCAUCGACGCAGACAAGUUCACGUACCCUCCCGCCGACGUCUGUCGCAUCGGCUUCCUCGGGAUCCGCGAGUUCAUGCUCAUGGAGAAGAGGAAGAUCCUCUGUUCCAUCAAGCUGCAGGCAUGGUGGAAAGGCAUGAUGGUGAGGAAAGGACUGGGUCGUUACGCUGCUCUCAAACCCAAGAAGGGCAAGAAAGGCAAGAAGGGGAAGAAGGGAAAGGGGUCUGCAAAGGGGAAGAAAGGCAAGAAGUGAAGAAACACACAUUUGGAGCCACCCUGUGGAAUCAUACAGAUUGCAGUUUGCUAUAUUACUUACAUGUACACCUACAUGUACUAUCUAGAUCUAGCAACAAAUUGCAGCUACAGUUUUGAAACUGUAAUAGCUUCAGAGAAUCCAUGAAGGACUGAUCACAAUAUGUAAGGCAAACAUAUCUAAAAUGGUGAACAUAAUUUUGCCCAUCAGUAAGAAAAUUAACCAAGUUAAAGUUUCGUGUGACAGCAAAAGUCACGUAAAUUGAACAGACACAUCUAAUAGUACUGUAUGUAAUGAAGAAGUGUACAUAAUAUAAAGAAUUCCAUAUUUUGACUGACUAUUUUUGCACAAAUUUGUGAGAAUUAUACUUCUAUUGGAGAAGAAUUAGUUGAUGUGUAUAUUUGACACACAAAAUGAUGGGAGUAAGUUUUCUGAGUAACUCAGAGUUACUUGUAUUGUAUGAUAUUAUCAAUAUGUUGGACCACAUAUCGAGAAAAGACAUAAUUCUAUUCAAUCACAAAAUUUGUGUAAAUAUUGUGAUCAAAGUUUUUAGACACAUUUUAGAAAGACGUGCUUGCAUGCCAAAUAUGUACAUAUGCCAAUGAAAAUUUUGCAAUAAAUCAAGUGCUUAAUUGAUGCAAUACUGAUGUAAGAUCAACUGAUGCUUAUUUUAAUAACUAAUCAAAUGAAAUUGUUGUUUUAUGAUGGUUGCACAAAUUUAUGUCUAAAAACAUGUAUUGUUUGUUUUGAAC